UGCAAAUGUUCAUCCCAAUAUCCAAAAGUUUUCAUGUUCCAUCCUUCAAGGAAUAACCCAGAUGGACAUCUCAGCCAGGAACGGCUCCGCCGAGAGAACUAAAGCGACCAGGGUAGGAGACAGGGUUAGCAAGCCGUCCCGGCGUGACACCUCAUUUCUCCCUAAGUCGUGCGGAAAUUGCAGAAUCAGAAAGAUUCGUUGUGAUAAGACCUCGCCAUGCUCAAGCUGUCGAACUGCUCAUUUGACUUGUGGAGUCACAUCAACUGCAACUACGGCGGAAACUCCAGCGAAUGUGCCUCCGGCUACCCAGCUUGCUCAACCAGCGUUCACUUCGUCUAGUGAAGAAAGCCACUUCAGCCUCAUCCAGGAGACUCUCAACGAAAUAAAAGACAGACUUGGAAAGCUCGAACAGAGUCAGCAGGAACCGAAAUCACCCUUCGAGAUUCAUGUAGUGGCUACUGAGCGCAACGCUUCGUCCGGGGCGACCACAAUUUUCCAGAAUGAACCGUCUUUCAACAAUCAGUCAGCACAAGCAUCAAUUUCAGCGGAGCUCUCAGCGGAAGAAGCGAAUGUCACCGAAUUUAACAUGGAGAUACAGUCGUCUUUGGUAUCACUGAAGUCCCGCUUGCAAGGCCAAAAUGUUCCGUCGUCGGUCAAUCAUCUUUAUUUUCCUUGCUCAUCUUCGAGAUUGUCAACCCAGAAUGUUGAACUCCCACCAGUAUCUGUAGUUAUUGCUGCUUUAAAGAAAGCGGCAGUGAAACUACCUGCAGUGAUCUUGCAUAAUGGCUUCAGAGAUCACAUGAUGCUCGAGGAUUUAUGCAAGAAAGUCUAUUUUCCCACAAGACCAUGUUCAAAAGGAGAAAUUACGCUCCUCAACGGCCUCCUAUUCUAUCUCCUCGAUACUUACAGCCAAGAGAAUAGUCCGGACCUCUCAAGUUCGGAGUGUGCAGCAUACGCCAAGCUAUGCGAGAAGAACUUCUGUGAUGGGAUUCAGGAGUACGAAUGUCUGGUAACACCAACGUUAGAGAAUAUUCAGUGUUUGAUGAUGGGGGCAAUGAAAGCACAGGCUGAUGCCCGACCAGCACUCUGCUGGGCCAUCGUCUCCACCGGCGCCAGACUGUGUCAAAGCCUAGGUUACCAUAGAGAAGCCGAAGUUGCCCGCGGCCCGCCUGAGCUCGCAGAUGCCAAGCGUCACGUCUUCUGGAUGCUAUACAUGAUCGACAAGAUCAUGUCUCUCAAUCUUGGCCGUGCAUCAAGUUUCCCAGAUUAUGAUAUUGAUGUGGAAAUCUUCGUCCUCAAUCGAGACCUGAGCUUCUGCGCUUGGGACAAGGUGUUGGUUGCAUUUAUUGAGCUUUGUAAGUUGCAAGGCCAGAUGUAUGAUGAGCUGUACUCAGCGAGAGCUCGACGCCAAUCGCCAGAGAUCAGAUCGAGGAUAAUUGACGAGCGGGCUUCUAGUCUUUUUGCUUGGCACGUUGGCUUGAAAAGGAUUGAUACACAACAUGCACAAGAUAGCAACGACUUGGACCUCAUCAUCAGCUGGUCUGACUUCUUCUAUUACUAUAUUUUGACGCUCUUAUACGGGGCGAAAACUUCACCAGCAGCUGCUACACACAUCAGCUCCGAAAGAUAUCAAGCAGCAAGGAUGGCUUUGCAAUGCCACGUAGAGAAUUGCGCGAAAUUGUCUGCAAAUAAAACACCAAGCAUGCGAGUAUAUUCUGGUUGGGUUCUACUUUUCUCCUCCUUCACUCCAUUUCUCGUCGUCUUCACCCACUCAAUCGCAUCACACAGCCAGGGCGACGUCGAGCUUCUAAGCCAAGUUCUGCAAACACUCGAAGCAGGGCGAAACAUUUCCGUAGCAACCAACCAGUUAUACGAAGACUGCAAAGCCUUCCUGAGGUUUGCCACAGCCUUCGUCCGGUCAACACAGAACUCUUUUGGAUCCUAUAACCAGGAAGAUGAUUCCAUUACAUUCCCUCUCAUGGGUACAAGUGACCACAAUACCAUGCUUGAAUUCGAUGCAGCUGGCGGGUUCGAGAGUAUGCAGGAUGACUUGCUCCCCAUGUCGGCAUUCCUGGGGACGUAUCUCGGGGAAAAUCAAGUAAUUAGUGGAUUCUGGAACAUGGAUUUCUCGCAAUCUGGGACUUUCUAGCACGGCUACCACUCCUCAGAUCUGGGCGGGCUUUACUACUCAAGUCCAUGCGAUGCUCUCUGCUCAAUGAAUUAUUAUUACUCUGCUCU